UAAUUCCCCUAGGUGGUAAAUGUUUUAAAUAUAUAGAGCGGCAACUUAUAAAAAGCCCAUAUAUCCUCUUCCGUUCUUAGUUCCUUGAGAACUGUUCUUUUAUGACGCAUGUUAAAUUAUCAUGGAAGAAUCAACUUCCAAGAGUGGCAUCACAUGGUCUGACAUGUGCACAACAAGUCUUGUCGGUUCAGCAUAGAUUUCCUGUCUUCUUUUUUAUUGGUAAAAAUAAAAUUGAAGUCAGCUCUACUGACCAGUUGCCCCAUGAUUUCGAUAUUGCUAGGCCCACAACUCGAAACAAAGGUCCUUUUCGGUGUGUCCUGCGCGUAUAGAAGGCUUUGUCUACGACUCUUGCGUCACUAGACUGCGACUUUGACAGGAUUCGCAUUCAAAUUUAUCUUCCUUUUCUUUCAUUCCUUUCUGUCUCGAAUACCUACCACACGCUGUGUGAUGUGUUCUCCAUUCUCGGCGACAUACUGGCGGAGGGGCAGUACUGACUUAUCAUCCACUCCACUUCUGUCUUCCAAAAGAAGAAGUAGCCAAUUGCGUAGCAUCAACGAACAGGAUGUCGCCUCGUACGACCGCGAAAGCGACAGUUUCCGCGCUUUCUCUUCGUUCGGCGAGAUUCUUAGCCUCUCGAGACCACACGAUGAACAAGAAAAAAGGCCGUCAUGUUGGCGUAAAUUAAACCUUUUGUGCAAAUCUAAUGCUGGUUUAGCUCUGACUACUCUCUCGGGGAUUUUCUUUGCUCUCGCUUCGCUUUUCGUCAAGCUUUCCAACACCACCAUACCAGCUUUCGAGAUCAUUUUCGUUCGUCUAUUCCUUCAAACCAUCUUCGUCCUUCCUCCCGCAAUAUAUGCCGGUGCGAAUGUAAUCGGCGAGAAAAAACAGCGCAUUUUUCUCACUCUUUUUGGUGCGUUCAACUUCUUGUCAAUCUCCUCCGUCUAUGGCGCCUUUACCCUUCUACCUCUGGGAGAUGCCACGGUUUUUAUCUCCACAACACCAGUAUUCACGGGCUUACUCGCGUAUUUUAUACUCAAGGAGUCAUGGCGCAAAACGGAUGCCGCGUCCAGUUUCUUAUGCUUGGUUGGGAUUAUACUUAUUACUCGGCCUACCUUCAUCUUUGGAAGUUCUAAUUCAAGAAGUCACAUGACAGAAACGCAUCGUCUUAUUGGCUACGUAGUGGCCUCGUUGGGUGCAAUCAUCCAAUCAGCAACGUUCAUCAUGGUUCGCAGCUUGGACAAGUCCAUCAGCUUUUACACCAAUGUGUUCUACUUUGGUUGGUGUAGUGCUCUUCUCUCUGGUAUCUCUAUGUUCAUCUUCCAGAAUCCUGUCAUCCCUGACUGCGGCAAGGCGAGAUGGUACAUGCUCUCAGUAGCUAUUUUCGGAGUGUUGGGUAGCCUGUCUCUUAACCGUGGCCUUCAACUGGAAAACGCAGCUCCAGCAGCUCUGAUGCGCAACGUCGAUAUUCUCUUCGCCUUUGUUUUCGACGUGGUGUUUUUUGAAGAGCAACCGCAUCCUUUGACUGUGAUUGGAGGGCUGAUCGUCUGUAUUGCAACCACGAGUGUUGUGAUCACCAAGAUGUGGAGAGCAAGAGAGCGAGUGGAACUUUGAAGCGUAAUGAACGAACGAACGAACGAACAAAUGAGUGAAUGAACGAACGGAUGGGUGAAUAAAUGAAUGAAUAGGUGAAUGAAUGUAUGAAUGAAUGAAUAAAUAAGUGAAUUACAGAGAGUAAGCGUAUGAAUGAAUCAAUAUAUGAAUGAGUAAGUUAUUGACUAAAUAUUAAAUAAAUUACAGCUAGCUGCGAACAUUCAUAUUUGUAAUUUGACGAAUCUGUGCUAUUGACAAGAAAAAUGUAGUGAGAUAAAACUAUUUGAAGCUGCUGUAGAAAAUAAAAAAUACGU